ACCCGAGGUGUUGGACAGUUUCCUCCAAAGCGUGGGCCGUGUUCCCGCCAUCUUCGUCCACUAUAAGAGGGAUCGGCUCUAGGACCAAGCAUUUCAGUCCUCUCCGACAAGCACCGCAAAGCACGAGGAUGGCUCUCGAACGACAAGUGCGCGCCAAGAUCGCUGCAAAGCGUAACCCAGAGCAGGAAAAAGAGGCCCAAGAAUGGAUCGAGUCGAUUUUGGGCAAGAAAUUCCCACCAGGUGAAGCGUUCGAAGAUGUCCUCAAGGAUGGACAGGUGUUGUGUCAUCUGAUGAACAAGAUCGCCCCUGGAUCUGUCUCCAAGAUCAAUAGCAGCGGUGGUCAAUUCAAAAUGAUGGAAAACAUCAACUCGUUCCAGAAAGCUUUGAAAGAAUACGGCGUGAACGACGUUGACGUGUUCCAAACGGUCGACUUGUGGGAGAAGAAAGACAUCGCACAGGUGGUGACGACACUCUUUGCUCUUGGUCGUACGACGUACAAGCAUCCAGAAUGGAAAGGACCAUAUCUGGGACCUAAACCUGCUGAGGAAUGCAAACGCGAGUUCACGGAGGAACAGUUGCGCGCCGGUGAGACGAUGAUCGGUCUGCAGGCCGGUUCCAACAAAGGUGCCACCCAAUCUGGCCAAAGUAUCGGUGCCACCCGCAAGAUCCUCUUAGGAAAGUGAAUCAACGCGAUAUCAACAUUUUGAUGUUGGUUUAGAUUGAAGAAAAUUUAUACUUUGUAUGUACCAUGUAUAUAAAUAUAUAUAUUAUGUAUUUAUUUUGUAUUUUGUAAUUAAAUAAUAUAUAUAAUAUAUAUUUGUUAUUUAACAAAGAA